AAUAUAAGAAUAGUCCAAUCCAGAAGGCAUUAUCCAUUCUGACGGGCGUGUCGCCCGCGCCCCCAGGCUGCAGCGUUGGCAAGGAGACGCAUGCCGACGGCGCGGUGUGGCAGAGCGGCUGCCACGAGUAUCGCUGCGACGCAGGCGCCGUGGCCGAACCAAGUCUUCUGCCAUCGUGCUGCGAGAGCGAGGGCGAGGUCUACUCAGACGGCCGCUCCUGGACGAACGGCUGCUACGCCUUCACGUGUAACAAUGGCGUCACCAGUGGUCCCAGUCUGCUGGAUACCUGCUGCAAGGAUGGCGAAGUAGUGUUUGAAGAUGGUUACGAAGCUCUGGAAGGAUGUCACGGCCUCACCUGCAGCGCCGGCGUGCUCGACCGACACAUCGCGCCCACGUGUUGCGUGGUGGGAGCCGAGGUCCAGGGAGAUGGCAGCACAUGGCAAGCAGGUUGCCACAACUAUACAUGCACAGAGGGGGUCGUAGAAACCAUCGCUGUUCUCGAAACAUGCUGCCAAGUUGAAGCAGAGGUGUACCCCGACGGCCACACCUGGGUCGAGGGCUGCCACAACUACUCCUGCGUCGCCGGCGAGCUGGAGGAGCCAGCCGUUCUCCCGACCUGCUGCGAGGCGGACGGCCAGCUACACCCGGACGGAGCGAGCUGGACGCUGGGCUGCCACCAGUACUCCUGCGCCGGCGGCGUUACGAGCCCUCCUUCCAUCCUCGAUACGUGUUGCGAAGUGGGAGAAGCAGUCUAUCCUGACGGACACAACUGGACCGAUGGAUGCAUGCAGUACACCUGUAAUGCUAGCUCCGUUGACACAUUGGCGAUCCUUGUCACGUGUUGCCAGCAAGGCGACGGAGUCCAUGCGGACGGCGACGAAUGGGAGGAAGGUUGCUACCACUACACAUGUGUUUCUGGCUCGCCAGAACCCACCAUGAUAUCUCCCACGUGCUGCAAAGUACAAGAUGAAGUAUACCCUGAUGGUCACACUUGGACUGUAGGUUGCCAUAGCUACACCUGCACUGCCGGCAUUCUUGAAGACCCAGUUCUGCUUCCUACCUGCUGCCAGGUCGGAGAGGAGGUUUUCCCCGACGGCUUCGCCUUCACGGAGGGCUGCCACAACUACACCUGCACCGCUGGUUCUUUAGAAACCCUAUCAGUUCUCUCUACCUGCUGCGAGAUGGGCGAGGAAGUGUACCCCGACGGCCACACCUGGAUACAGGGCUGCUACCAUUACAGCUGCAGCGCUGGCAUGCUGGACGAGCCUGAACUUGUUCCUUCAUGCUGCGAGGUGGGGCCAGAGGUGUACCCCGACGGCCACACCUGGGUCGAGGGCUGCCACAACUACUCCUGCGCGGAUGGCGUUCUUGCAGAGCCUUCGGUGCUCCCAGUGUGUUGUGUGGUGGGCGACGAGGUGAUCGUGGACGGCCACACUUGGGAAGAGGGCUGCUACAACCACACUUGCAUCACAGGCUCUCUGGAGAGCUUCCUUCGCCCAGACCUUUGCUGCGAAGUAGAGACCGAGAUCCACCCAGACGGCGAAAACUGGACGGAAGGAUGCCACAACUACACCUGCGCAGCCGGCUCGCUGAUUCCUAUGGCUCUGCUGCCAACAUGUUGCGAGAUAGGAGCAGAGGUGUACCCAGACGGACACACCUGGACCGAAGGCUGCCAUAACUACACUUGCGUCGCCGGGACCCGCAGUGAACCGACUGUUCUGUCAACAUGCUGCACUGUCCAGGAUGAGCUGUUCCCAGAUGGCUACGAGUGGCCCGAGGAGUGCCAAGUGCUGUACUGCGAAGCUGGUAAACUCAGGACCAACAUCACAUGUUGUGAGGCAGAUGGGACCAUGUACCCUAACGGUGGGAAUUGGACGGAGAUGUGUUACUGGCAUACCUGCGUGUACGGCACACCUGUCACACUCCACAUGAAGGAUUCGUGUAAAACUGCACUGACGGCGACUGCGUCGGUGUUGGGCAUACUAGUUUUCGUGGUCAUCAUCGUCGUUGCGUACUUCUGCUGCCGCACCGCCAAAAAGGGGAAAUCCCAAAAUGGCAAACCUGUCGUCUACGUCAACAUGGCCAAAGAGGAACUGCUAAUAAAAGAGUGAUCAUCUCUUGUGCCCUGUCGACAUGGGACAGUAAAAGAAGAGACUGUGAAGGUGGACGUGGAAAUUUCAGUAGUGAAAUCAUACCACUGAAGGGCGGAUCAUCUUGUCCAGAUAUUGGUUUUCAGGAUCUCUUAGUGAGCGAGGCCAGCACCAACACGCAGAUACCUUUGUGGAUGAUUUUGUUGCUUUCUGAACUCAUGGAGAAUGUUUUGUGUUAAGUAUUGGCUUCCAGGUCAGUGCGUGUGUGUAUAUAUUGCUUCUAUCGUAUAUAUGAUAUUCAAGUUUUGGUGCGUGUUCUGAUGAUACCUAGAAGUCAUGAAGAUAGCUUCAUAUGCCUAAGGUCUUAUAGUGAUGUCACCGCCCUAGGAGGGUCAAGCCAUGACCUGCCUCAGCUGAUUCAGACUUGAAGUCAAGGCCUUCCGGGAAGGAAGAAUGACAAAGUGUGCAGAGAAGGGGACCUGCUAAAUUUUGCUUCGUGAUUCAUAUUUCGACACAGUCAUGUGAAUCUUUGUGUAUGCUUUUAGAAUGAGUAAUCUUGAUUUAAUUAAUCAAAGGUGUAUCAUUUUCACAUAGAACGUUCUUUAGGAGAGAGAUCUACUCUUUACCCAGGAUUACAGAGAAGACUAAAUUCAUGUCAUAUUGUCAUGAGAAGGCCAGGCUCAACGCCAAUGCUCCGACCUAAGCUUUAGUUUUUUGUCUUUUUGGUUACUUAAUUUAAGUGAGAAAUCUAUCUGCAUAACAUAAUGAUCUGCUGGAACCUUUGGGAGUGAAGAUCACGUGAGCUAUUUUCAUUACAAACAAAGCCUCUCGUCCGUAGUUACGAAAUGACGCAAAAAGACAAGAACAAGGCAUAAUUCUGAUUAUACUAUGGUAACUUAUUUCUGGGAAUAUCAUUCAGUUUUGGUGGGGUGAUAGUUACAAUAAAUGAAGAAAUGAAUCCUGAUAAUUAUAUUAUAACAAGCACUAUCAUGCUAAUAAUGAUAAAUUAUCAUUAUUAGCAUGAUUAUUAUUGUAGAAAACAAGCAAUUAUAAAAAAACAACUAAGGAGAUAAAUAGAUGAUGGUGUACAAACAACUGCUUGGAGUUUCAUGAUUAUGAAAUUUUGUGAUGUCCGAGUAGACUGAAAUCGGGGAGUUUCCAUGAUUGUGAUAUAUAGAUAUAAAUAUAGGUAUGAACUUAUCAUAGAGUAUAAUCUGAACAAGCAAAAAUACAAACAAAAACAAAGCCUCUUGUACUUUAUUGUUAUUCCUAUCGUAAGCCUCAAGUUGCUCCAAUAAUUUUAUGUGAUG